UAACGCUCUCUUAAUACAUCCAUGGGUUUAACGCAUAGGUUUAACCAUGGAUGUGUUUAACACUAUGGUUUAACACCAUGUACGGCAUCCGCAUUAGUGGUAUCUUAGCAACAGAGGAAAAAAUGUCAACAAUAUUUCUGCUUGCAGCCAACGCAUUGAGCCAACGUACGAGUCGAAAGUAUGUCUGCAAAGGGAGCAAUGGUGCUGGCGAAGACAAAGACCCAAUCAGAAGAUGCUCUAAAGAACAAAGACAUGUCACAGAAGAAGCUGCUCUCUCUUGAGGCUCAACGCAUCUCAAGCAUAUUGGAAAACUGCAUUAGUCAAGUUGAGUUUGCAGCCGCUCUGCCUACUGUCCUCCGGUUUAACAGUGUGUCCAGUGUUGUGGACAAGGAGUUGAGCAGGGCACUUCAAGACCAUCAAAUAUUAGAUAAAAGUCUGGAGGGGCUAAUAGGUCUCAAGCAGGAGUCAGAUGAGGAGCAAGGAGGAGAAUUUGGAAAAGCAAGGGCUCAACUUGAGAAGGACAUCAAGAACUCUGUCAGGGAUCUGCUCAGGCUUGUCCGAGCCCAUCCAGAUGCCCUUUGUGGUUUGAGGACAAAGCUAGGUAUGGAAUUAGGGGAGAGCGAGUACAUGUUAAUUCAAGGACUUAAGAAGUUCCACAGCCACGUGGUAGAACAGUUGCUGACCAGUCCGGAUGAGGAGCUGGAGCUGCUUCUCCACAAGCAGGUGUCUUCAUCCCCUGCCCAAGAUUCGGAGCACCUGGUUUUAUUGGAAGAAGAAGUAUCUACAAGCAUGAAGCAAAUAGAUGCGAUGAUUUCUGAGAAAAAUGUUGAGAUCCAAAAUUUGCAGAGUGGUUUGAAUGGGAACAUCAGACAAGACGCAGGUGUGUCCCUUCUCGUUGAGAAGCAGUGCCAGUCACAUAUCAAGGCUGCAAAGAUAAAGCACACCAGUAUACAGCGGGAGAUUGAUCGACUGAACAGUCAGCUCAACAAUUUGAUCCUUGAAAACAGGCAGGCAGAGAUAGUAAUCCAAAUGAAAAAUGAAAAGGUGGAGGCAGAAAUUGAAUACUUGCUCCAAACUUUUGACGAUGUAAUAGGAGAAAACCAGGCCGACCUGGAGUUAAAUAAAAUGGAUUAUGAAAUGGAAGAGGAGGAGCUGAUGAAACUGAAGACAUCCUUUUCUGCCCUAGAGGUUGAGUGCAACCAGAUCCAGGAGAAGCGUCGGCUGGCAGAAGAGAAGAGAAAGGAAGAUAUGAGGGAGCUGGAGUUGAAGACCAAAGCUGCUAUUUUUGCCCAAGCCUGGUGGAGAGGCUACAGUACUCGCAAGGCCUUGAAGAACAAGGGCAAAAGCAAGAAGGCCAAAAAAGGCAAAGGCAAGAAGACCAAAUAAACAACCACUGACUAGUUUCAUUACUCUGGUGCUACAACAACACAAACUGUAGAGCGUGAAUGUUUUUGGAUGUUUAAAAAAAAAAAAAGAGAGAGACUGUUGAGCAAAUAUCGUUAUACUCCAUAUCCCAUGUGUGUUUGUCAUUUAUGUG